CAACACUAAAGCCGUUACGUCAUAUCCAAUGGACACCGAGUUCAGGUUGAAAAAAUUGAAUAAUAUUGCAAGCUAGCCAGACACUUACUUUAUUCGCGAAGUCAGUGGUCUAUAUUUGUGAAAAAUAUAGAUGUUCUAUCGCUAAUGUCGUUAUGAUAGUUUCUAUUUGAGCGAACAUUUUUCAUUUCAAAUCUUAGGCCGAGGAAUGAAUUAUAUUAAUCAAGGAAGUCACUAGCUGGUUAGCCAAAAGCGUUAGCUAGCAGCAGUAUCUAGCUAGCUCUUUGUUUUGACUGUGAUGGUCUGAUGAUGUUGAAUAGCUUGGACAGCUGAUGGGUCUCGAGCUAAUGUUUAUAUGAACAUGUAUAUUAUGUUUUAAUGGGUUGUUAAAUAGUAUUUAAUGUGCAAUAACAUUACUUCUUCAACGAGGGGAAUAUACAUUUGGUUGUAAACGAACAAUAGCAAGUUUACAAGCUAGCUAAACAACGAGGGACUGAGAAGUGGACAUGGGCAAUUGUCUCAAAUCGCCGACGUCCGACGAUAUAUCUCUGCUUCACGAAUCCCAGUCUGACAGAGCAAGUUAUGGGGAGGCAGACCCAGAUUUGGAGCCACCUCCGCCUUACCAGGAGGAGGCCCACAUGCCGGUGUACCACCCCACCCCCAGCCAGGCCCGCCUGGCCAGCCAGCUGACUGAGGAGGAGCAGGUCCGUAUCGCCCAGCGUAUCGGCCUCAUCCAGCACCUCCCCAGGGGUGUCUACGACGGAGGACGGGACGGCUCUGAGAAGAAAAUCAGAGAGUGUGUGAUAUGUAUGAUGGACUUUGUGUACGGGGACCCCAUCCGGUUUCUGCCCUGUAUGCACAUCUACCACAUGGACUGUAUAGACGACUGGCUGAUGAGGUCCUUCACCUGUCCCUCCUGCAUGGAGCCUGUGGACGCCGCCCUGCUCUCCACUUACGAGACCAACUGACCACUGACCCUAAAUACAACACUACCCCCUUCUGCCGAGCUCUGCCUUGCCACCCCCCCUACAAACACAUGUACACAUACACACACACUUCCACCAGCCCCAACAAACACACACAUGCUGCCCCCUUCCCCUCUGCUUUUUACCUUGGGAUAAGGAGCAGCACAGUGUCUUGGUCGGUGAUGACAUACGAGAGAGAGAGACUAUGGAAACACUAGUGAUUAACAAUGAAAAGACAUCCAUCCACCCAUCACCUGGAACUGGCUCUGAACUGAGACUGGCUCUGAACUGGAACUGGCUCUGAACUGGGACUGGCUCUGAACUGAGACUGGCUCUGAACUGGAACUGGCUCUGAACUGAGACUGGCUCUGAACUGAGACUGGCUCUGAACUGGAACUGGCUCUGAACUGGGACUGGCUCUGAACUGGGGCUGGCUCUGAACUUGGACUGGCUCUGAACUUGGACUGGCUCUGAACUUGGACUGGCUCUGAACUGGGACUGGCUCUGAACUGGGACUGGCUCUGAACUGGAACGGGCUCUGGACUGGAACUGGCUCUUAACUUGAACUGGAACUGGCUCAGAAUUGGAACUGGUUCAGAACUGGAACUGGCUUUGAACUGGUUCAGAACUGGAACUGGCUUUGAACUGGAACUGGUUCAGAACUGGAACUGGCUCUGAACUGGAACUGGCUCUGAACUGGAACUGGCUUUGAACUGGAACUGAACUGGAACUGGUUCAGAACUGGAACUGGCUUUGAACUGGAACUGGCUCUGAACUGGAACUGGAACUGGCUCACAACUAGAACUGGCUCAGAACUGGAACUGGU